AUGAUACCAACGGUACCGUUCGACGACGUAAUUGAUGGAAAGGGCCAAGGAUUUAACAUUCUACUGAAUGGUCCACCAGGAGUCGGAAAGACUUUCACGGUUGAGGCAACCUCGGAGUAUUUCAAGCUCCCCCUCUAUUCGAUAUCCGCAGGCGAACUUGUUGUCGACCACGGAGAUUCCAAUGCGCUUGAGCAGCAGCUUGAAACAGUAUUCAAGAUCGCCAAACACUUCAAUGCCGUGCUUCUCUUAGAUGAGGCAGACGCAUUCAUGGAGCAGCGUACAUCUUACCACGAUACCCACAAUCGCCUUGUGACCAUUUCCCUCCGAAAGCUGGAAUAUUAUCAAGGAAUUCUUUUCUUGACUUCAAAUCGGGGUAUCCAGUUUGAUGACGCAAUUCUCAGCCGGAUCCAUUUUAUCAUUGAGUAUGAGAAUUUAACGAGAGAGUUCCGCAGAGAUCUCUGGUCAACUUUUCUGUCCAAGGCAUGUACGAUGCAAGGACCUGCUGUUGUUGAGGAGCACGAACUCCGACGAUUGGAGUCUUUAGCUCUGAAUGGACGAGAGAUCAAAAACAUCGCAGCAAUUGCACACGCUCUCGCUGAGGCUGACGUCAACCAGGUGAACUACAAAUACUUGGAGUUAGCUGCCGAAUCAAAUAGGAAAAUUUCAAAGGAGUUUGGCAGAGAGAGGCCUGCCGAUGGAAUGUAUGUCUAA